GCAACGGCCGGCUCCCAGCGCGGCCUUAGCAACGGCCCGCCUCGUGCGCCAGCCAGGAGGGGGAGGGCCGCUAUUGUGCUACGCAGGCUCGGGCGGGGGAGCAGUUUGGGGACAUGGCAUCCGGCCAUCGAACAACUUUAGACCAAUGGAAGAAAAAAGCAGCGAAACUUGAAUUGAGUGAUGCCCAAAAACAAGAAAUAAAAGAGGCCUUCGACUUAUUCGAUGUUGACAGUUCUGGAACCAUAGACGUGAAAGAAUUGAAGAUUGCAAUGCGGGCCUUAGGGUUUGAGCCAAAGAAAGAAGAAAUCAGACAAAUGAUAGCGGAAAUCGACAAAGAAGGAAAUGGCACCAUUUGUUUUGAAGACUUUUUUGCCGUUAUGAGUGUGAAAAUGGUACAGUUACUCUACUUGUCAAAGAAAUGCCUUCAGAGCCUGUACAUGGCUGGGGCUGGAGCAUUGGGAUUUCUUGGAGGAACUGGAACUAGUUCUUUAAGGAGUGAAAAGGAUGAGAAAGAAGAAAUACUGAAGGCUUUUAAAUUAUUUGACGACGAUGCUACUGGCAGCAUAUCACUAAAUAACAUCAAGAGGGUUGCCAAGGAACUAGGGGAAAACUUAACAGAAGAUGAAUUGCAGGAAAUGCUCGAUGAAGCAGAUCGCGAUGGGGAUGGAGAGAUUAACGAGGAGGAGUUUUUGAGGAUGAUGAGGAGGACCAGUCUUUAUUAGCUCUGCUUCUUGCCUUCUAGGAAGUUUUGACAGCGUGCCUGUUAAGCAGUUCAAUAAUGUGAUACUUUGGCUCAUUCAUUUCCAUUUUUAGUUUAUAUGCUCAGCUUAGUCUCUUGGUGUCUAAUCUAUGCAAGAACAUCAUUAAUUCUGUAGUAGCAACAAUAAAAAAUGCAUGACUUAUUUGAACCUUGAACCCCCAAACAGUAUUUUUACAUGCUAUUUUUAAAGCUCUAGGUUCCAAAGACAUUCAAAAUUUAUUUUUCAGUUAAUAAACUUGGCUCCCACAUCCAAAUGAAAUUGUUUAUAAAAAAAAUCUGAAAAUAAUAUUUUUCCAUUAUAUCUUUUUGUAUGACUUUAAAAACACCAACAAACUUGUUUUGUUAAUCAUUUCUUCAAAUAUGUAAAGUAUUAAUAAAAUUGAUUGAUGUAA